AUGGAGUACUACCAGCUUAUCGGGUUUAAUAUACUUUUAGUCCUUUGGGUCUAUUGGGCUAUUCAACGUCGCCGUCGCUACCUCUCGAGCAAGGCGAGGUCGCUACCACCUGGGCCAACACCCUGGCCGGUGGUCGGAAACAUUUUUCAACUAGGCUUUGUAAAGAUACCCCAUGAGUCAUUUGCACAACUAGCCCGUGUACAUGGCCCCCACGUCAUGACCCUUUGGCUAGGGUCAAUGUGUACGGUGGUGAUCUCGUCCAACGAGGCGGCACGUGAGAUGUUCAAGAACCACGAUAUGGACCUUGCAGGUCGAAAAGUCUAUGAGUGCAUGAAAGGAGACUAUGGAGACGAAGUAGGGUCGAUGAUAACAGCACAAUAUGGACCAAACUGGCGACUGUUGAGAAAACUCAGUACAACUGAGUUUUUCUUAAACAGUCGUCUUGAUGCCACUUCUAGCAUCCGUACUAGAUGCAUUGACAAAUUGGUGCAAUCUAUACAGGAUGCUAGUGGAAAUGGUGCAAAUCAAAUCGAUGUCGGUAGGUUUUUUUUCUUGAUGGCAUUCAAUUUGAUAGGAAAUUUGAUGUUUUCAAGGGAUCUUUUGGAUUCAAAGUCGAAGAAAGGAGCAGAAUUUUUCUACCAUGCAGGAAAGGUAAUGGAAUACGCCGGAAAACCUAACGUAGCUGAUUUUAUGCCCUUUUUGAGGUGGCUUGAUCCACAAGGCAUUAGAAAAAACAUGCAAAAUCAUAUACGAGAAGCUUUUCGUAUAGCCGGAGGAUUUAUCAAGGAAAGAUUGGACGAGGAGUCAGUGGAUAAAAGAAACAAAGAUUACUUAGAUGUGCUCUUGGAGUAUCGCGGUGAUGGCAUUGAAGGACCCUCUAAGUUCUCUUCAACAAGCAUCAAUAUUAUCGUCUUUGAAAUGUUCACGGCAGGAACGGACACAACUACUAGUACAUUAGAAUGGGCAAUGGCAGAACUCCUCCAUAAUCCUCACAUCUACAAGAAACUACAAGCCGAAUUGCAAACCACCAUUCGCCAUGAUGAAAAGAUUGAAGAGAAGCACAUAGACCGUCUCCCUUACCUCAAAGCCGUGAUAAAGGAAACACUAAGGCUUCAUCCACCACUUCCUUUCUUAGUUCCACACAAGGCAAUGCAAUCUUGUGAAAUGCUAGGCUUUACUAUCCCAAAAGAAACCCAAGUGCUAGUUAACGUUUGGGCAAUUGGGCGUGACCCGAAGACAUGGAAAGAUCCAUCAAAGUUUGAUCCGGAUAGGUUUUUGGAACAUAAUUACAAGAUGUUGGAUUAUAAAGGUCAACAUUUUGAGUUCAUACCAUUUGGUUCGGGUAGAAGGAUGUGUCCAGCUAUACCACUUGCCUCACGUGUGCUUCCAAUGGCUCUAGGAACACUUUUGCACAAGUUUGAAUGGGUUUUGGGUGAUGGGGUUAAUGCCAAGGACAUGGAUAUGAAUGAAAGAAUUGGCAUAACUCUUAGAAAAGCGGUUCCUCUGAUGGCUAUACCCGUACCAUACUACUAA